UUCGUUGCAUAGCCGGAGAGUACGAGCGACGAAUGAGUGAUAAAUAUUGUUAGUUGUAUUGAACUCCUGAAAUGUAUGUGAAGCACGAGUGUUUCGGGUUGGAACAUGUAGACCAACCCUCGAUGUUAACGAAGGGCAGUCGAUUGUAGAGUUAAUCAGUCUCUGAAUUAAUUUUAAAUCUCUGUGUUUCCUUCGACAAACGGGAGUUGUUUUUUUUUAAUUCUCCCAUUUUUUGAAAUCAUUCGCAGAGGAAAAUUUGACUCUUAACAAUUUUUCAGAACACACAACACCCAAAGCUCCCGGUGGGAAUCCAACCCACACCUCCUGCAAGUCAGGAUAUUUGUUAAAUGUAUUGCUGAGCAGAGGUUAUUACAGUGGAAUUGUUGAUUGGUAUAGAAUUUAUAGUUGACGAAUCGUAAGAAUUUGCACUAAAUACUUUCUAUUCGCUGUAUAAGACGGGUGGAAUUGGGACUUCAUACUGAAGUAGCAUAUUCUAGAUGUGAUCUGACGUAGAAUAAUUCAAUGUUUUUAUUGCAUUCAUAUUUGAGAAGUUGCAAAUACUGCGCCUAACAAACCCCAGCAUGCGAUUAUCCCGAACAGAGAGGACAGCUUAGCAACAGUGGAUAUCAGUCAAACAUUUACCGCCUUUUGUUUGACGGCAGAAAAGUAAUUCAGGGAAAAACUAACCUUACUAUUGGAGAUGGUAAUUCGAAUUUUAAAAUGGGCCAGUGAAUGUUGAAACAUUUAAUAAGAAGGCUGUCGGCGUUAAGGUUACCUACUAAUAUGCCCGGGAGAUAUUUUGUCAACCAGAAACCCGACUUCGAGGAGGCGUUUGGGCUUCCGCAGGUUCCCGAACAGGACAUUAAACGAUUCGUGGACAAUCUUGUGGUCGACAUUGAAAAUCAUUUUAAACCAAUAGAAAAGAAUGGCACAGAGGGCGUAUAUUUGGGAACUGCCGGUACGAGUUACAUGUUCUAUCGUUUAAGUAAAAUUCCUACUUUCCAAGACCAGAAAGAGUCCUACCUGAACAAAGCUCUAAACUACAUUAAACCGGCGAUAGCCGUAUACCAAUUUACCACCAAAAACAAGCAAGAUUUGCCCUCACUUAUACUCGGUCAUUGCGGGGUAUACGCGGUCGCUUCGGUGGUAUAUCAUGCUAUAGGAGACGAAACUCAAAGCAAGAACUUUCGCGAUUUCUACUAUAGGGCCGCGGACUUGUGUAAAGAUCAGAACUUUCUGCACUGUGGUUCGGAUGAGCUGUUUGUAGGCCGAGCGGGUUAUCUCAUGGGGGCUCUUUGGCUGGCCAAAGAAACAAAGACACCCUUGCAAAAGAAUGACUUAUAUGAGAUCUGCAGGGUCAUGGUGAGGUCGGGCAGAGAUUACUCCGUUAGGCAUCACUCUCCAUGUCCUCUGAUGUAUGCCUACUAUGGGGUAGAAUAUUUGGGUGCUGCGCAUGGGCUGUGCACUAUACUUCAAAGUAUUUUGUCAGUUCCCGGGUACUUGGACGCGAAUCCUGGCGAUGCGGCUGAUGUUAAAACAUCCUUGGAUUACCUCUUGAGUAUACAGACUCCUGAGGGCAAUUUUCCGGCCACAUUGGACGAAAUGGGGAGGGAAUGUAAGCUGGUACAUUGGUGUCACGGUGCUCCCGGUAUGUUUUAUUUGAUGGCAAAAGCAUACCUGGUGCUUCAGGAUGGGAAAUAUCUGGAGUCCUGCAAAAGGAUGGCAGAUUUGAUUUGGGAAAGGGGCCUGCUGAAGAAAGGUCCUGGAUUGUGCCACGGAGUGGCUGGCAACGGAUAUGUGUUUUUAAUUUUGUAUAGAAUGACUGGAGUCCCCAUGUAUCUGCACCGAGGAGUGGCUUUCUACAAAUUUAUGUCUAGCGAUAUUUUUAAAGCCGAAGCGAGGAGGCCCGAUAACCCAUACAGCCUAUACGAGGGCACCACCGGAACAGUGUGCUACCUGGCAGAUUUAACGUCGAUUUCUCAAGCUGUUUUUCCAUUUUCUGAUAUAUUUUAAAUCAAU